GCGCCCUGGCGCUUCCGGCAAGCAGACCACGCGGUACGUGAGUUCCAUUCCACCACACAGGGGCGGAACACACGGGCAGCGGCAGCAGCAGCGGGGGCGACCGGCCGGGGAUCUAGAUCUCUCACCUCCCCUCCACCUCCACCUCCACCAGCAGUAGCACACGCGCCCAGCUUCCCUCCCUCCUCUCCCCGGUCUCCCCGAGUCCAAACCUAGCCUCCCCAGAGUCCACGCCGCCGUCGAGCGCAGCGCCGCCCCGCUUCUCCCGCGGCCGCACUCCCCUCCGGCUGCCGAAUCCUCCGCCCGGCCCACCGGCCGGGCCGCCCGCCAGCCAGCCGCCGCGGCGCCGGUUCGCUCGCCCUCGGCCUAGUCGGGGCGGGGUGGAGAUCCACCGGGGCGUGGAGGGUGAUCUCGUCUCGUGCUGGGCUGUUGUACGUUUGUCAAGUGCUAGAAGAGCAACUCUAUUCAUAGAGUUGUUUCACAAUGGCUUAUGAUGGAGAUGAGGAACAGAGCCAAGAUUAUCUAUUCAAAAUCGUUCUGCUCGGAGACUCCUCUGUUGGUAAAUCAAACUUACUAGCAAGAUUUGCAAGAAAUGAGUUCUACCCAAACUCCAAGUCCACUAUAGGAGUGGAGUUCCAGACGCAAAAGUUGGUAAUUGAUGGAAAGGAAAUUAAAGCUCAGAUAUGGGACACUGCUGGACAAGAGCGCUUCAGAGCAGUUACAUCUGCUUACUACCGUGGCGCUGUUGGAGCUCUCCUUGUUUAUGAUAUUAGCAGGCGCCAGACUUUUGAUAGUGUUGGUCGAUGGCUUAAUGAACUGCAUACUCAUUCCGAUAUGAAUGUCGUCACAAUUCUGGUGGGCAAUAAAACCGAUCUCAAGCAUGCUCGUGAAGUGAGCACUGCAGAAGGCCAAGCCCUGGCUGAGGCGCAGGGCCUCUUCUUCAUGGAAACCUCAGCCCUAGACUCGUCAAAUGUUGCAGCAGCUUUUCAAACUGUUGUUAAGGAGAUCUACAGCAUACUAAGCCGGAAGGUAUUUCAAUCUCAAGAGCAGAAGAGAAGCGAGCUGCAGUCACUAAGCAACGGGAAGGCUGUGGUGCUGCAGGGCGAGGCCAAUGAAACAAGCAAUGGUGGGAGGUGGUGCUGUUCCUCAUAACCUGUCAGCCUGUGUUGAAUUCGUAGGAUUGGGAGACACAUCUGGGUAUGUAAAAGGUUGGGCUUGUGAAAAGUUAUUUUCCAUGUUCUUGUUCUAAAGAUGAGGUGGAUAGGCUGUUUGUAUGAAAGCUGUGUUUUCCUUCGGAGGAAAUCAAUGUAUAGUUCGAUUGAUCCUUGGGGAGGUAUUGAUAUACAUGAUUGUGUAAAGAGGAAGUGCGACCAACUGACUGUUGUGUCAUUCUACAUUCUAGUCUUAGAAAGAAACCGUUUUUUCAUUCUA